AUGAGACACCUCUUCUCCCUCGUCGCAACACUUGUACCUUUUAUUACUAGGAUCACUGCAGCCCCAUUAGACGGUCUUGCGCAGCGUUUUGUAGAUGAGAAAAUUCCCAACGCCUGGAUUGUGCAGCUCAAGGGGGAACCUAGCUCCCAAAACCUUGAUGAACACCUCUCCUGGCUAAGUUCAGUCACCCAAGAGGUCACCGGUUUUGCCGGGGCAGAACGAAAGUACAACUUUGCCGGGUUCGUGGGAUAUAGCGGGAAGUUCGACGAUAGCACGGUUCAACAGAUACGCGCAAGGCCGGAAGUGGCCCUUGUCGAGCAGGACGGUGUCGUCAACGCCGAUAGAACAUGUGUUAACCAAACAUUGCCCAUGCCGGGUUUGUGGGGCCUGGGUAGAAUAUCUUUCCGCCCUGGGGGUAGCAAAGGGGUGUAUGUGUAUAAUGACACCUCCCCAUACUGCAACAGCCGCACCGGUCCACCCACCGCAUAUGUCAUAGACUCAGGCGUAUUCACCAAGCACAAAGACUUUGGCCGCAGAGCAACCCAUCUGUGGAAGGCAGAAUCAUCCUGGAGUCCGGAAGAUAAAUGCGGUCACGGCACUCACGUCGCCGGCACAAUUAUAGGAAAGACUUAUGGUGUCGCCAAGCAUGCCAUUGUUUUUUCCGUCAAGGUUUUGGAAGGCACCCAUCAUGGUUUUUGUUCCGGAAGCUGGGCUGGAGUCAUUGCCGGGAUUGACUAUGCAUAUAAACACGCAUACGAGGCCGGAAAGGUCCCCCUAUCUGUUAUAAACUUGUCACUUGGUGGUGGUUUCAAUGCUGCCACCAACAAUGCGGUACAAAAAGCGGUUGCGGGAGGCCUGACAGUUGUGGUAUCAGCUGGCAACGCGGGUGAAAAUGCGUGCAACUUUAGUCCCGCUUCGGCGCCAGAUGCAAUCACAGUGGCAGCAUCCGAUAUCAAUGAUGAAUUAGGCCCUUUCAGCAAUUAUGGAUGUUGUGUGGAUAUUCACGCUCCUGGAGUUGAAGUGUUGUCAACCUGGAUCGCGAAUGAAACAGCAACCACCACAUUCAGUGGGACUAGUAUGGCGGCCCCACAUAUUUCUGGUUUGAUACUGUAUAGAAAAUGCUUAACAGCUACAUCACGAACGCCGAGAUCGGAUAAGAGGGAGCUUGUCAAGCAAAGUGUUCUAGGGGUUAUCAAGGGCAAACUCUGUGCCCAGGGCAGCUCUCAAAAGUGCUGUUCACCAAAUCUUCUAGCUAACAAUGGCGGAUGCACGUAA